CCGCCCGCCCGCCUGCGCGCCCGCUGGCCUGGGGCGCAGCUCCUACCUGUGGAGCCCGGCGGGCGCCCCCUCCUCUCAGGGGUCCGAUUGCUUCUCCUCCAUCGGACCACCCCCCCCCCCCGCCCGAAAUCCGGCCACUCGCGCCCCAGACAGGUGGCGCUGGGACCCGAGACAGGGCGCCAGGCUCGCAGCUGGUGACAUGUAGGCGCCCUCGGGUCCAGCCUCGGAACCUGAGCGUCCCCUUGUCCGGAAAGUUUGGGGCUGAGCGCCAUGGCCAAGAGCAGCUCCUUGAGUAUCCGCGUGGUGGAGGGCCGGGCGCUGCCCGCCAAGGACGUGUCUGGAAGCAGUGACCCCUACUGCCUGGUCAAAGUGGACGACGAGGUGGUGGCCAGGACAGCGACCGUGUGGCGGAGCCUGAGCCCCUUCUGGGGGGAGGAGUACACGGUGCACUUGCCCCUGGACUUCCACCAUCUGGCCUUCUAUGUGCUGGACCAGGACACUGUGGGGCAUGACGACGUCAUCGGCAAGAUCUCCCUGAGCAAGGAGGCCAUCACCGCCGACCCCCGAGGCAUCGACAGCUGGAUCAACCUGAGCCGUGUGGACCCCGAUGCGGAGGUGCAGGGUGAGGUCUGCCUGGCAGUGCAGGUCCUGGAGGACGCAGGGGGCCGCUGCCUUCGAUGCCACAUCCGGCAGGCCAGGGACCUGGCCCCUCGGGACAUCUCUGGCACGUCGGACCCAUUUGCACGUGUGUUCUGGGGCAGUCAGAGCUCAGAGACCUCGAUCAUCAAGAAGACCCGGUUCCCACACUGGGACGAGGUGCUGGAGCUGCGGGCCGCGUCGGGGGCCCCCGCCCCGCUGCGCGUGGAGCUCUGGGACUGGGACAUGGUGGGCAAGAAUGAUUUCUUGGGCAUGGUGGAGUUCCCACCCCAGACCCUGCUGCAGAGGCCCCCCGACGGCUGGUUCCGCCUCCUCCCCUUCCCCAGAGCAGAGGAAGAUGCUGGGGGGAGCCUGGGUGCCCUGCGGGUGAAGGUGCGCCUGACAGAGGACCGUGUGCUGCCCUCCGCGUGCUACCAGCCUCUGAUCGAGCUGCUCGUGGGGUCGGUGUGGGGGCCCGUGGAGGAGGACACGGCCAGCCCACUGGCCGUGCUGGAGGAGCUGACUUCCGGGGAUUGCCGCCAGGACCUGGCCACCAAGCUGGUGAGGCUCUUCCUGGGCCGCGGCCUGGCCGGCCCCUUCCUGGACUACGUCACGCGCCGCGAGGUGGCUCGCACCACCGACCCCAAUGUCCUCUUCCGCUCCAACUCGCUGGCAUCCAAAUCCAUGGAGCAGUUCAUGAAGCUCGUGGGCAUGCGCUACCUGCACGAAGUGCUGCAGCCGGUCAUCAGCCGGGUGUUCGAGGAGAAGAAGUACAUGGAGCUCGACCCCUGCAAGAUGGACCUGAGCCGCGCCAGGAGGAUCUCCUUCAAGGGCGUGCCCUCGGAGGAGCAGGUGCGAGAGACCAGCCUGGGGCUGCUGACGGGCUACCUGGGGCCCAUCGUGGACGCCAUCGUGGGCUCUGUGGGGCGUUGCCCGCUCGCCCUGCGCCUGGCCUUCAAGCAGCUUCGAAGGCGCGUGGAGGAGCGCUUCCCUGGGGCGGAGCACGAGGAUGUGAAGUACCUGGCCAUGAGCGGCUUUCUCUUCCUGCGGUUCUUUGCCCCCGCCAUCCUCACCCCGAAGUUGUUUGACCUCCGGGACCACCAUGCGGACCCCCAGACUAGCCGUUCCCUGCUGCUGCUUGCCAAGGCUGUGCAGAGCAUCGGGAACCUGGGCCAGCAGUUGGGCCAGGGCAAGGAGCUGUGGAUGGCCCCGCUCCACCCCUUCCUGCUGCAGAGCGUGGCGCGUGUGCGGGACUUCCUGGACCGGCUGGUGGACAUGGACGGGGAGGAGGAGCCGGGAGGCCCCGCCCGGGCCUUGGUCCCGUCCUCGGAGACGGUGCGCGAAGGCUACCUGCUCAAGCGGAAAGAGGAGCCAGGCGGCCUGGCCACGCGCUUCGCCUUCAAGAAGCGCUACUUCUGGCUGAGUGGGGACAGCUUGGCCUAUGCCAAGAGUCCUGAGGGGCAGACGCGCGCCUCCAUUGCGGUGAGGUGCAUCCGGGCGGUGGAGCGCGUGGAGGAGGGCGCCUUCCAGCUGCCGCACGUGAUGCAGGUGGUGACGGGGGACGAGGCGGGAGCCCAGCACACCACCUACCUCCAGUGCAAGAACGUGAAUGACCUCAACCAGUGGCUGUCCGCCCUGCGCAAAGCCAGCGCUGCCAACCAGGACAAGCUGGCCGCCUGCCACCCUGGGGCCUUCCGCGGCGGCCGCUGGACCUGCUGCCUGCAGGCGGAGCGUGCAGCCGCUGGCUGCAGCCGCACACACUCCGCAGUAACCCUGGGGGAUUGGAGCGACCCACUGGACCCCGACGCCGAGACCCAGGCUGUGUACAGGCAACUGCUGCGGGGGCGGGACCAGCUCAGGAUGAAAUUCCUGGAGGAUCUGAACCCGGAUCUGGCUCUGGAGGCCGAAGCUGGGAAGGAUCCGGGCAUCGCUGACAGAGCCCCCCCUGAGGUCCUGGCCCGGCAGAGAGCAGCCGCGGCCCGCCUGCUGCAGGUGCUGGAGGACCUGGACAGAGCCCACGAGGAGUUCCUGCCCCAGCCCUGAGGAAGGCCGCAGCCACCCUGGAACAAAGGGUGGGAGCUCCCGGGGCUCUACCGUGGCCUCUGCGGCUGUUCUCGGUGCCCCAGUCCCGCCAGGGCAGGGAGGCCCACCGCAGGGGCCAGGCCUCACAAUGGGCAAGUCUGUGCACUCUGGGAUGGAUGAGGAGCCUGACUUGUGGACCUGGAGCCUUCCUGUCUCUGAACUCACCUCCUCACUCAUGAAGCCGGCCUGGUCUUGAGCUGCUGGAUACAGCUGUUCCUGAAAUCCCAGUGCCUAGACAGUCUUAUUGUCCCUGAUAGGUACUAGUGGGCCCAGUUCCUCCUGUUCUCACACCUGUGACCCCCCCCCCAUGACCUCACCAAUCAUCCAGGAGACCCUAACCCCCAAACCUCUGGAACUGGGUGCCUUGAAGCAGAACUGCAGAUGGGUGCCAAGUGUGCCAAACUCAGACCCAUGGAGCCUGGGAAAUGCUGGGCCUGGCUCCGCCCCCCCCCCCCGUGCCUCAGUUUACCUUGUAUAAAAUGAGAAGGGCGAGAGUGUGGCCAUGUGGCUUUCAAACUGGUUUCUGGGUAGCUGGCCCUGAGGUG